AUAGCAGCACCACAGCGCUCCCGUUUCUAUCGUGCAAACGAAAGGCGCGAAGCUGGUGACGGCCUAUGGUGCACUCCUGAUGCAGUACGACGCGUGCUAUAUACUUCCCGAUGCGGCGAACGAGAACGGAACCGAGUAACGCGGUAGUGAGAGAAUUUGCUCGCGAGAUUCGGCAGCGUUCCCAGUGUCGUAAAGUGCCUUUUUUUUGCCACUGACGUCCUCUGCUGUUUAAGAUGACGAAGAUGUUUCAGGGGGACGGAGUGAGACUGAGACAGCACACGGCGAAGAGAACGUUGACCGAGUUACCCUACGACAACAAGGCUGCUUCGAGGAAGCAGAACGUACUGCCAAAUGACACCCAGCAUCUCCUGUUCGUUCUCACGUUCUUUCUCUUCGUGUCCUUCGUUAUAAUCGUCCUAGAGAAGAAUCUGCCCGAGCCAAUAACCAUCGACACCGAGGGGUUGCAUCCAGGGAGAUUUGUGGCUGAACACGCUCGUAAUCAUAUCGUAAAUCUUACAUCAAUCGGGCCUCGUAUCGCUGGUAGUUAUGAGAAUGAGAUUUUGGCCAUCAGAUUCCUGACGACAACGAUCAACAAUGUGAUUGGAGCGGCACACGAGAAUCAUAAGAUUGUUCUUGACAUUACGAAACACAGUGGUGCAUUCCCGCUCAAGUUUCUUGAUGGCAUGACCAAUGUUUACAGAAAUGUACAAAAUGUUAUUGUUAAAGUUGGACCCCACAGGCCUAUGCUGCACAGUUUGUUGCUUAAUUGUCAUUUUGAUUCGUUUUUAGAAAGUCCAGGUGGUUCAGAUGAUGGUGCUGGUUGUGCCGUAAUGCUAGAAAUUUUACGAAUAGUUACUCAAAGUCCAAAAGUGUUGAAGCACAACAUUAUAUUCUUAUUCAAUGGAGCAGAGGAAAAUAUAUUGCAGGCGUCUCAUGGCUUCAUAACGCAACAUCCUUGGGCGAAGGAAGUACGAACGUUCAUAAAUCUAGAGGCGUGCGGCGCCGGUGGCCGUGAAUUAUUAUUUCAAGCCGGACCUCACAAUCCAUGGAUUCUUGAGACUUACGCCAAAUCAGUGCCAUAUCCUUACGCUUCGUCCUUGGCACAGGAAAUAUUCGAGAGCGGUAUUGUACCUGGUGAUACAGAUUUCCGGAUAUUCCGAGAUUUCGGGAAAGUUUCUGGUCUUGAUUUCGCAUGGUCGAAAAACGGUUACGUGUACCACACGAAGUUUGACAAUGUCGAUCAGAUACCGUUGGGUGCGUUGCAAAGAACCGGAGAUAAUAUUCUCGCUCUGACGCAAGGCAUCGUGUUCGAGGACUAUUUGUCGGACCCGAGUAUGCAAGAAACACGCGGAAGCCUCGUGUUCUUUGAUUUUCUUGGUGCAUUUGUGAUUAGAUGGCCACCGUACAUUGCCAAUACAGUUAAUAUCGUCAGCAUAAUUAUUGCUGGAUAUUCUAUCCAUCUGAAUAUGCAGAGCGCACGUAGAAGUAUCAGAACAUCGAUGUAUGCGAAAUACAUCGCGAUAUGUGUCGGCGUGAUCAUCGUUUCGUUUGUGGCGUCCAUGUUCUCUUGUACAUUGAUCGCCUUGGUCCUGACGAAAUUGGGAAAAGUGAUGAGUUGGUACGCGAGGCCAACAUGGUUGUUUUUCUUGUACGUCUGUCCGACUACUUUCGUAUCGAUGAUUGUAUUUCUGUAUAUUGGAUCGCGACAGAGGAAGGAAGUUAGCUCUGCAUGGGUUUUGUACCAAAUGUACUUUGAUGCCUAUGCUGUAAUAUGGAUGUCGAUUCUUUCUGUAUGCGUCUUGUUCGAGAUACGCUCGGGCUUCAUACCGCUGCAUUGGGUGUUAUUCCCAGCAGUGGGGAAUAUCGUGCGACACAACUUCCUCAGCAGAUGGAAAGACUGGAAGUGGCUUUGCUACCAUUUGGGGACAUUGAGUCUAUCUUACAUACAGUCGUUUUACUUAGCGGUCGGUGCUCUCUAUCUCUUCAUCCCGAUAAUGGGACGAUCCGGUGGCAGUAUUAAUUCCGAAGUUGUAAUGGCUAACAUGUUGUCGAUAUUGUUCUGCCUACUACUUAGCUUCACGUUGCCAAUAGUGCUUCUAAUCAAAAAUGCCGAACGAAUUGUGAGCGUGAUAGUUGGGAUUUUCUUAAUCGCUAUUGCUGUGUUAAUCUUAACGCCACUCGGCUUCCCUUACAGUGGUGAUCCACUGUUUCCCGCUCCGGAACGAUUUAUGAUCGCGCAUAGCCAGCGUCAAUAUUAUAACGCAAAUGGUAGUGUUAGACACUCCAGUACAGGAUACUGGUCAGUGGAUUUAGACAUGAACAGUCCACGCAGUGUAGAAUCGAUAGUGCCUGAAGUAGCUGCCGCGAGGCCAACAGCCCGAGAUUGUGAAACCGAAUUGUACUGUGGUUUACCGUAUCUACUGCCCGUCACGACUUUCCUGUGGAAAACUAGUUGGAUACCUGGACCUGCCCCGCUCAUAAAGAUUCCUACAAAUCUCGAGAUCGUCUCGAAGACUGUUAAACAAGAUGUUGUUACUUUCACCUUUAAUGUUACAGGUCCUGACCAUAUGGGUAUAAUUUUGUCUCCGUACAAGGGCGUUCAUCUGAAAAAGUGGUCUGUAAUCGAUGGGAAACCACUGGAAAGCCCAAUGUGGAACGGCAGGAAGACUUACUUCAUUUAUUACGCAUGUGCCUCAGAUUGUGUGCCAUAUACAUUUUCUAUUGAAUUGAAUGUGCCCGCAGCGCAGAAAGGACCGUGUCUAUCCAUCGCCCUAGCCGGACACUUCUUGCACGGGGAACACCAAAGGUCACUGAGGUUCAAGAAAUUUUUGGCGCAAUUUCCAUCGUGGACCGUCCUCACACCUUGGACGGCGUCGUACACGUCGUGGGAGAUUUAACGAGGACAACGAACAACUCGACGGUAAACAAAACUACAUUAUAAAACAAUAUUAUCUGACAGUGCGUCAAUCUUGUGUAAAUCAACGAAGCAGCGCUAUAACGAAACGGCGCUAAGCUCGGAACACGAUCGAGGCCUAACCCUCUGGCAAUGUAGCUCGCUUAAAUAUCUUAGAGCUAGUUUGUAACAUUCAGAAUAUCUUAAUCUCCAAAAAAAAUGUUGACGGAUUGAAAUUAUGAAUUUUUUUACUAGCAUAUCAGCAAAAGUAAUGUUAGACUAGUCUAAGAAAUUCACAUCCCAAAAAAUCGCGUAGAGAGAUAUCUUAUCUAAUUUGCAGAUAAAGGUAAUGGCAGAUCGAUAACAUUUUUAUAGAUGGUACUUUUUCUCAUAUGAUGAAUUUUUUUCUAAAAUAAUAUUGCAUAUCAUGAGCAUACUUUAGAGCGAUUCUGAUGCAUUAUCUUUCGACUCUGCAAUUUUUACAAGGAACUCAUAUCGCUAAAGAGAGAAUAUCUUUCAUCAAACUCUAGAAAUCGAAUUAAACGUAUAACAUAGAAACUGUGAUUGUGCAUAAUAUACAUUUGCCGCGUACGAGUAUACUUUAAGGAUUGAUAAAUUCAUAUAUCAGUCUGUAGUUCAGAGUGCGAUUAAACGAUGACUCGACUAAUAAUUGCAUGAUUAGUGUAUUGGGCAUGAGUUACACAAAAUUAACAGCUUGAGAGUUGUUCAUAGACUGCCUUAUGCUUAAAUAUCUUAGAGCUUGCAAAGUUUGAACUUAUCAUAGUUUAAUCAGCCACAGUUGUUGUUCGGUGCGAAAUAUAGUUCGAGACUGUUGUCAUACGAAUACGUCGAACUUCUUUCGUACGAUAGAUAAUAUAAAUAACAGUGCAUGAUUAGCACUUUAGAUGCGAUAAACAAAAAAUCACUUGAGGUACAAGAUAAUAACACACAUUUUUAAGAAAUUUUAUAUUUUAAUAGUAUAAUAUAUAUAUAGAAGAAAGAAAAGAAAAUGUGAGAGAGAAAUAAUGUUAUAAACCUCUAAAGGAAUAUAUGCAUAUGCAUGCAGGAUAUGCAGGAUAAACAAAAAAAUAUUUUACAUUCUAUUCUUAGAUUUCAUUACAUAAUCCAUUGAAUUGAAGAGUCUCUCUGAACAUUAGCAUUUUGUAGGAGAGAUUUUACGAUUGCACUUUAUAAUCUCGACCAUUUUCGAACCAUUCCUCCUUCCUUGUAAUUCUAAAACAAGUAAGAUUUACAUUUACAUAGAUAGCAUAUCAAAAAAGUUAAGACAUAUAUACAUUCUGACAUGUAAAUUAGUGAUUUUUCAUAUUUUAGUAUUUUGCAUUUAGUCAACUAUUUUGCCAACUAAUAUCUUUUUAUUGUAGUAAAUGAGCAUCAAGCCCGUCUUUAAAUGUAGGCUUCCAAUUUCUGCUUCUGGGCGCAACUUUUUUCUGAAUAAAGAAUAAAGUUUCUUGUUGUUAACGUCGAUUUCUGCUUAUAAAAUGUGUAUCUCACGAUAACGUACUUCUAACAAUACCUGAUAUGAUUCGUUUUUGACAUACGUCAUAUCUGUUAAGCGUUACAGUUUCAGUUUCUUUGAUUGUUCGCAAUUAAUAUCAAUUUUUUAUACGAGCAGAAAGCACUGCUUUCGUUAUUAAGCAGAUAAAACAAAUUUUAUUUACAACAUUAACUUUGUUGAUUAGUUCAGGAUGUCUAGAUUUUACUUAAUAGUUGAAAGACAAUAUGAAAUGUGUUACGCAAAAUAAUAUUUUUCACCUUAUUAAUAGCUACCAUGCGCCUAAACGCUUACGCCUAUGCUGCAUGUUGCUCCAACUUAAUAAAUUAUUCAUUUUGCAAUACUUUACAAAAUGAUGAGCAUAAUAUAAUUACUUGAUUGAUAUCUCGCGAAUUGGAAGUUAUCUAUGAAUAUUAGUGAUAAAUAGUACAACACCUGUUCAUUAUAAAGAAAUAAUAGUUUUAUAUAUAUACGAAUCAAAGUUAUACGUAGUAACAUUGUUAGUAAAAUAUACAAUGCGAUUUUAAUGACGGUUAAACAUUUCUGAUGUAAGGCAUAUUGGAGAAUGUUUAUGUAAUAUAUUUUUAUAUAUUAUAUAGUUUAUAUAUUCGUUAUUUCUCUCAUGUGCUGUUCGUUACAUAAUUUACGCAUUAGAUGAUUAAUAUUGUUGCAUUAAUUAAUUAUCUAUAUGCGUUAAAUUGUGACUAUUUUAUCCGAUUAUUCAUGAAUUUCCUCGUGAAAUAAUAAUUUUAACAAUUUGUUGAUAAUAAUGUUUUAAUUGCACAAGUUCAUGGUUCUACUUAAUUAUCGUACACAAAGUUAUGAACAAUAAUUACCUCAAUUUUGGCAGCGUUAUUUAUUAUGGUUUGUAAGUAACCGUGCUAUGUAUUACGAUUUAGUUAUAUUCCUUUUUGCACAUUUUAUCUAUAUAAAAGUGUUCUUAUACAUAGAGGGAGAGAGAGAUAAAUCUAUAUAGAUUUUGGUGUAUUCUGUGAUUUUUUUAGGCGGUCGCUAAUAUUAAGAACACAGAGUUUACUAUUGUAAAAUGAGAGUGUAAAGUGUAAAGCGCGCUAUUAACAGGGUUUUUCAUUUUACACUGGUAGGAUUAAAACGAAGUUAAGUAACAAUAAUGAAGUCUGUUUUGGCGUUAAUCGUUUUGAUGUGAUUCUUUUUGAAAUUAACAAGUGCAUUUGUCCUGGAAGGCUUCCUUUAUUAUGCCUGAAUCUUAAACACUUGUACUUUAGUCACUUCGUUUUAUGCCAAAUAUCUUCGCCGGCCAAAGGGAAAAGAUCCAUCCAUGCAUGACAUAUGCAUAAUUAUAUAAUUCGUUACUAUUAUUCUGUAUAGAGGGCGAUAAAUCGCGAUGUGCUAUAUCGCGGAAUUGAAUUCAAGGGAUUUAAUGUUCGAUAAGCAAAGCGUACAGUACAUAGGUAGUAAUAUAUCGUUUCCCCAAGAAUUUAUUUAUACACAGGCAUAUAUGUUCCUGCUUGCGUUUGAGUUUUAAUUUACUGAUAUAUACAUAUAUUGCGACAUUGUUAUUUGGCAAUUGUUAUUACAUGAUUAAGAGAUAGUGCGAAAGGAAAAUAAAGAAUGAAUAUAAUAACACAA